AUGAGAGACACAGAAGAGCUCAAAUUCGAGUACAUUCCUGCUUAAUUCGAAAAAUACAAAAAUGAACGCACAAGGACUGUAAAACCAUCAUACUCUUAACUAUUGAAUAUUUCAGAGAACUGUAAUCAUAACUUAAAAUCAAGUAAAGUAAGUAAGAAUUAAGAAGAAGAAAAAGGAUAAAAUUUGUAGAAAAUAGAUGAGGAUGAAAGCGACGACUUUGAUGAAUUUGAAGUAACUGCAGUACCAUAAGCUGGUGUAUUAGCUAAAAAGCAAGUUUAUAAACAAACUUCCAUUGCAAAUUUUUCAACAAAUAAUGAUAGUUUGAGUUAAAAAAGCUCAAUUCAAGGAAUUCCAAAGUAAAACAAAGAUUCGCUUUUAUCGAAUUAGCCAUUUGAUAGGAACCUAACUAGACUUCAGAAACUGCCAGAUUUAGAACUAUAAAAAGAUCUAGUAAAUAAGAUAUUUCAAUUAUCAGAUACAAAUCAAAUAAUCAUUGGUAGCCUUGUCGAUAAAUUUAAACCUAUCUAUAAGGAUCAUAUUGACUAUUUAUAUAAUAGAGCUGUCAUGUACUAGUUAGUCCAUGAGAUAAAUUAUAAAAAUAAAGUAAGUAAUGAAGGGGAUGAUAACUCUAUGUUGAAAUUUUUGUCAGAGCACUCAUUAAGAUACAAAAACGUGAUUAACCUCAAAGAAUUAGCCAGAGGAGGAGAGGCUGUUGUUUAUAGACUAUAACAUAUUGAUUUAGAUGAAGUUGUAGCUAAAUGUACGCUCAUUGAUAGUUAAUAAUAAGAUUAACAAUAAAGACAUGAAUAAUUGCUAGAUAUUUUUUCAGAGUCAUAAUAGUUAAAGCUUUUAGCAAACGAUAACUACAUUGCUUAGGUAAAAGAAGAGAUUAUAGUCAUAGAUAAAGCAUAAGGUAACCUCUCUUAAUAUGUUGCCAUAGUAGAAAGAGCAAAGAACACUUUACAUGAUGUAUUAUAGAUAUGGAGAAGCAAGAAAAGUAAUAAAAUUAAAUUAAGAGAGCUUUUUAGUCCAGAGGCACUUACUUAUUACUUCUAUCAGAUAAUAUCAAUUGUUCACUACUUGAACUCGAGAGGAUUCUACUUUGGGGAUAUGAAACCAUAAAACCUUUUAGUAUUUAGGGAUUAAAGGAUAAAAAUUGGAGACCUUGGUAUCUCAAUAAUGAAUGAUCCAACUAUUGAUUUAGAUGAGUAAGCUUAUAACCUUAAAGGGUUAACCCAAGCUUAUGCAAGUCAAGAAAUGAUUUAAGCUUUUAAAAGAAAUGAAAAGGUUUCAACUAAUAAGCUCAUGAUGUUUGAUAAGUUUAGUUUGAUGAGAACAUUGGAAAAAUGCAUCCUGGCUACAGAUGAAUAAUAUUUGAAGUACCAUAAGAGAGAGCCAAAGCUCUACGAGAACAUGUUCAAUGACCUUAGAGAUAAAUCUUUGAAGGAAACCAUUGAAAAAUGGACAGUCAUCCUUGCUACUGAUAAAGAAUUUUGUCUGAAACUUUCAAUGAUUUUUAAAGAGAUGGGAAAGAUGGAGGCUAUUGCUAGUCCAAUGUAAAUUUCUAAUUAUAGAAACAUAGUUAAUGAAAUGAUUUUGGAUCCAUACAGGUCAUUCUAAAUUUAAUCCAAGAUCACAGCCCCAGAAUAACAUCAAUAUGCUUAGUAUAACAGAAAAAUUGAUGUUCAAGACAUUUAAGUUGAAGAAACACUUUACUUAGAUAUGAAUCAAGUAAAGGUAUUCAAAUAGGAUUAGCAGUUCAAACAUAUUGUUCUAUGCAUUCUUGAAACCUUAGAAUCUAAAAUUGAUAAAAAGCCCUUCUAACAACUAUUAAAGGAUCCUAUAGCUAGAGGAAAAUUAGAGAGUUUCUUUUAAUAUAGUAACUCUACAUUUCAUUUACUCGGCCACUUCUAAGUGAAGAUUACAAAAUUAAUUAAUAAAGAAGUUCCUCCAAUAUAAAAGGAUCAAUUUUAUUACUUUUCAAGAUGGAUGAUACUAGCCUAGCAAGAUCCAGAGAAAUGGUAAGCUAAUUCUAGUAGUUUUAAAUCAUUGAUGAAAAUCAUAAGUAACUAGGGUUAGUAGAUACCAGAUGAUGUCAGAUAGUUUUAAAAAUUAUCUGAUCUAAUGGAAAUAAAAUGUAGAAGAGCAAGUGAGAAAUAAGCAUCAUUCAAUAUAGACGAGCAUGUAAAAGCUCUUGAAAAAAUUUUAACAUCAGAAAAUGAGCCUAUGGGUUUAAUAAUUGAUGAAACACUUAAGGAGGUAAUAAUUUUACUAGACAGGUUUAAGGAUUAGCUUAGCAUUGAGAUACUUAAAAAAAUGAAUAAUAUCCUGAGUUAUGAAAAAUCAAUGGAGUUUGAACUGUAAUUCAUCUCCGAGGGCUAUUUAAUGAUAAUUGAAGCUUACAUCCUUGAAUAAGAAGGAAAGAAUAAUGAAGCUAUUAAAGUUUAUAAUAAGGUAAUUGAGUUAUUCAUAGACUUCUUCUCAGAAGCUCAUUUUAUCAUUCUUUAAGUCUAUGGAAAUUUAGGGAAAUUGAUGGUAUAAGAUGAGAAUAGUGAUUAAAAUUUGGCAAAGCAAUAUUUAUACAAAUAUGAGAAAUAUUUGAAAGAUUAAAGUAACUCAUAAAAUUGA